AUGAAGCUGAUCUUGUUGUGUCUGUGUGUGGCCACUGCCAAUGCCGCCCUUGCUCCAAUUUACAUGGCCCAGCGACGUGGCAUUCCAAACAGCUUCAUCAUCAAGGCUAAGGAUGCAUCCGUAUUGGACCAGAUAGAGGAAGAUAUCUUGGCCGAGUUUCAGACCAUGCGAAUGCCUGCCCCGAAGGUGUCCAAGAUUAGUGAUCUGAUUCCCGUUUUGAACCUACCAAUCCCUCCUCAUCUCAUCAAUACCAUCCGCUCCAUCGAUGGCAUCGAGUAUAUCGAGCAAGAUUCCAUGGGAGAGCUCUACGGUCAACAGGCCAACCCAACUUGGGGGAUUGACAGAAUCGACUCAAGAAACAGCAUCGACUACAAGUACAGCUUCAAUGACAACGUCUUGGGCAAUGGAGCCAAAAUCUACAUCGUUGACACUGGUACCCGGUUAUCUCACAGCGAAUUCGGCGGUCGCGUCCAGCGCAUUUUCGGUGGAGACGACGACCACGGCCAUGGAACCCACUGUGCUGGUACUGCAGCAGGAGCCACCUACGGAAUUGCACGUCAAUCGACGGUUUACAGCGUUAAAGUUUGCAACAAGUACGGCCAGUGUCCCGUGAGCACACUUAUUAAUGGUUUGAACACAGUAGCUUCGUAUGGACGCGGUGUUGUGUCAAUGUCUCUCGGGUUCCCUAUAACCUAUUCCAUCGAUGACGCAGUCCAAAAGUUGAUGGAUUCAAAUUACGUGGUUUCCGUAGCGGCAGGUAACUCCAAUGCGAAUGCUUGCAACUAUUCACCGGCUCAUGUCCAAGGCGCUCUCACCGUUGGAGCCUCAGACAGAUAUGACCAAAGAUCCUAUUUCUCGAACUGGGGUAGCUGUGUAGAUCUCUUUGCACCCGGU